CUUCCCCCCACUUUAUACGGCCAAGCUUGGGCUAAAACAAGCUGCCGAAUCAAAUAACAGAGGCCAUACGCCCACCUUGUUUGUUUCAUCCACAAAAAAGUUCGGAUGAUUGAAAUAUGAAGAUCCCAUGGUGCCGAUGAUUAAUACGGGCUCAGCAAAUGCUGUUGAUCAAUUUCAUUUUACAACCAUCAUCCUCUUUGAUCCCAAUGCUAUCCUUUGGUCAAUUAUAGUCUCUUCUCAAGUAUCGCCAUUAUUGUCAUCCUACAAUUGACAUGUAUCAAUCGUACCAAUGACAUCCUAGAAUUAAUCAAAAUUCUUGAUUCAACACCUACUAUCACACAAUGAUAAACCUUUGGGCUCCCUCUUUUGGGGACGUAUAUCUUCAACCGCCUAUUGACUAUACCGUACCUGACAAUUACCAUCCUACCCAUCCGAUAUCGGCUGAAGGCUGGGCUGCAACCCAAUGGUAUUCAAGCGUGGCAGGAUUACUUAUUGUGCCAACAAUAAUUCCUCUUUUGGCGUUUUAUGAACAUACGAUUCACAUUACAACAGAAUCGGUAAUAUGGUGGAGAUUGUGUCAUAGAAAACGUACAAAGCGAGGCGUGAUGCCUUUGGCAAUUUUGUGGUUACGUUAUUGGACAUUGAUGCUUGGAAUAUUACUGGCCGUCACUAUGUGGAGUCCAAAUCAAACGCUACAAAGAUGCUCGACAAAGAUAUGGCCACUCACAUUUGCAAUUUCUACUUUGGUAUCAAUUUCAACAGCAUGCGUAAAUGCAUGGCGAUCAAGGACGAUCACUAGAGCGGCAAUCCAAUCGACUCGGUAUUAUUCCCUUUUACAGAUUGUAUGCGCUUUCUUCGUUUUGGCACGUUUGGCAGCACUUGUGACAGCAUUCGUUUUUCAGCAUUUCUCCUUUUCGUAUUUGAGCCUCGUUCGCCGUUCAGACAAACCUAUGCUUGAAGCUACUUGCCUUUCGUUCUCGCUCGCACUAUCGCAAAAGAUGAAAUUGGCACCGGAGCUUCGUCAGGAGUACAACUAUCUGGCUCCCAUUUACACAAUCUUUGCCCUUUUGGUGACGCUAACUGUGUCCGAUCUGGUCUUGGCAAUGGCGACGCUUUCUAGCAUCCUGAAGCUAAAGCGAAACAUUUCAACAGAAUCCAAUCUGAUCUCAAGCCUAUUCAAUAGCUCGAUCAUGUACUACACGAUUUUGAUCGUGUUGGAUUUGGCAGGAUUGGCAUACUUUGUCGCUACUUCCGAUUCAAAGAUUGUAUUCUUGCUGAUCACGAUUGGUUCAAUCUUGACAGUACGAGUUUUGAUUAACGAACAAGAUUGCAUCUUGGCAGCAAGUAGAAAUGCUCGUUCUUAUUGGACAAAAGGCAUGACCGAAAAUCCACCAAUUGCAGGUGCAGAACGAAGUGCAUGGACGCAAAAUCCUGCACAUAUGGGCGCAUUUGAACGUCAUUUCGUUGCUCCUGGAUUACGAGCAAGGAUGGCACAAAUGGACGAAAAGGAUGCAGGUGGUGGUGCAUUGGCAUUAUCGCCAACGCCUUUUAAUGAGGUGGGAAAUGUUGGCAUGCAAAGAAGAGGAGCGGGAAUGACGGAUAUCGAACGGGUAACCGUUUUGGAAGCGGGCAGGAGCAUUGACAGACCUUGGCCUGUAUGGGAAGAUGAUGACACAGAGGAAGAUGAUCGACCGGGGAUCACUUCAGCCGAUCGUGCCAGAUCUGCAUUUUGGCAACGAAAACGGAUAGAAGGUGAACGGAACGGCAUCCAGACUUUGAUUCGAGAAUGGUGGAGAGAUGUAGAAGAUGCGAACCCUUUGUCUCAACCAAGCUAUAAUCUUCGUACGCAUGAUGGUACAUUGGAUAUCCGUUCAAACGCUUUCUCAAAGAAGCCUUUUCAGGCUGAAGCUGCCAAACCGUCUGCAGCCCCACAAUCAACGCCUUCACUGAAACCAGUGGCGGCCGAAGAAUCAACGGGUGAAUCGAGCGAAGAAGAUGAAAUUGCAAAUGAAGGCGAUCAUCGAAUGAGCACAUCUCAUUCUUUGACUUCUUUAGACAGACCUGCUAAAUCAAAGCGUCAACGUCGAAGGGCUGCAUCGCUUGAUAGCUAAUAUAUUGCAUAGUUUGCCCCCCCACUCAAAGAAAUGUUUUCUUUUUGUUGUAUAGUAUAGUAUUUGUAUUAUUUCCUUUAUACACUCUGAUAGUUGCAUUUGUCAGCUUCUUGUAUCAAUUUGAUUUGUUUAAAAACAA